GGUCCGGUCUGUACCCUGAAACUACUUAUAGUGAGAUCUCUACUGUGCGAAACGAAAACAUAAUAUUGCACAACAUUAAAUAAAGAUAAGGCAAUGAGGGCUAAUAAAAUUGAAAACAAACAACAAGAACGCCGCAGUAACAUCGCAACCGUCGCUUCGUUAUAUCAGUCCAUUUUAACUAAAGGCAAAAGUUACAAUUUAUUUGGUACUUGAGCCAUGAAUUAUAAAAAGGAGAGUGAAUUAAUUACAAUAGAAGAUUAUGGAUAUGGUUUCAAUUCAAUUGGAGAGUUGAGGCAGCUAGGUGGAAAGAAAGAAAAGUAUUCUUAUGAUCAAUUAAGAUUAUUACUCAGCCCUACAGAUCGCUCAUACAAGUGCAUAACUUCGGUAUGGGGACCGGAGAGAAUACGUCAGAACUUUGAAAAAGCCAUGAAAAAAUAUGUCAAAGAUUAUGUGAUUGACAAGUUUAAAUACACCAAGUUACCGGUGCCAGAAGGAUCCUGGGAGAAGACUGGGACGUAUGCCUUAGCAUCCCCAAAGUAUUUCUUGAAAGAUACUCUAUUGGUCUUUGUCACAAUUGAUUCUGCCAUUUGGGAUGAUUGGUUACUAAGUGAGAACCUGUAUAAAUACUCAAUGAUACCAUACUUCCAACACGCUAAGGAUAGAGGUUACGGGGUUGUGUCAAUGCAAAUGUGGAAACACUGGUAUAACUGGAAUGAUUACAGUCACCGAGUGCUCACUGGCCAAGAAUAUGCAGAGUAUGUUUGGGAUCACUAUAUCUCUAAGAGUCAGGCAUCAGCUAUAGUGAUCAUAGGCCACAGCGGUGCUAGUGAAGAAGUUACAGAAAUGGCUGUGAAAAAGAAGGAAGAUUUUAAAAGGAGAGUCAAAGCGGUGGCAUUGCUUGGUGGAAGCCCAUGCUCUUACAGAAAUAAGAAUCCAAAGUUUCCUAAAUAUUAUGCAAGGGUGACAAAACAUUGGAAGUGUGACAAAAGUUUAUCGCUGGGUGUUCCACUGGAGGAUGAUACAGAGAAGACAGGAAUUAAUACAGUGUCCGCUGGUACAAAUAAUGACCGUGAGGCACCCCAUAUAUGCAUGGAAGCAGCCUUAAAGUUCAUUGAUAAGAAACUGAAGAAGUUCUAUGAAACUCAACCUAAAACCCACAAGGUACUCUUGCCCAAACCGACACAAGUCAACUCUAGACCAAGGAAGAAAUGUAACUACACUGAUGAUGCUUAUGAAGACAUGAAGGAUCAACUUGACUACAUGGACCUUCAGUAUGAAGAUGAAUUAUGAGUUUAUAAGGCAUUCCUAUUUAACUUUCAUUUGAAUAGUUUGAAUUAUGACUUCACUUUCUGUAAAAGGGAAUCUUGAAUGAUUAAGAUAAGGGAAAGGAUACAGUGCUAGUCAAAUGAUGAACUAAGAACAGUAUUAUAUUACCUUAUUUAUUUUUACAAUAUAUAAUGUUCACUUGCAACAAAC